AUGUUUUUAGCAACCACAACUCCAAAUCCUCUAUUAGGAUCAUUUAGUAGUACUAAUUCAAUAGCUAAUGUAUGGACACAAAACAACUAUUCAUACAUAGCAGUAACAUCAGGAACGCUGACACUCAACUUUACUUUAACAUCAAACAGUAAAUUCGAUUGGUAUAUAGAUGAUGUAUCUGUGUAUAACUCAACAUCGACAGAAUUGCUGACGAAUGGAGAUUUUCAGAGUAGUACAACACUUGUUGGAUGGACCUCUGGAAAUUCUGGUUCAUGCGGAUCCAACACCGGUAUAUCGACUAGCAAUGGUCAUAUGUCAACUCAAAGCUACGUUGACCAGUGCUCUGGUCAGACCGCUUGGAUACAACAAUCAUUCUCUGUCACUAAUGGUGAUCUCUACAGUAUUAGUUUUUGGUAUUUCCUCGAUCAUGUUAACCCAGGACUUGUGUUCCAAAUUUACUACAGUAUUAUCAACAAACUGUCGUCGAAUUCAACUCAACUUUCUCUUCAUUUACAGCUUCGAACUGCUAACGUGUCGUCAAUAAAAGAAAAACCUUCGGUGUCUUUUUAUAGUAGUCGAAAACGAAUAGAUCAUGCACUAAUAAUAACAAACGGUCGCAUGGCCAAAAAAUCCAAACCAACACCAGAAAUUAUUUGUUUGAGUGAUGAUGAUGAUAACAAUAAUAAUAAAAGCAAUCAAAUAAGUGUACCUAUUGUAAAGCCAAUAAAGCCACCACCACCAUCAUCAUCAUCAUCUUCAUCAACUAUCGUUAAUGAUGAUAAUAAAAUUGCAAUAUCUCAAGUACCCGAUUGGAUUAUUCAACGUAAAGAUGUAAUGCGUAUACCAGCAUUAACAUUAAAACAUUCUGAUUUAAUUAAAAAAACAUAUGAACUUGCUUGUUCAGCAGUUUGCUUUGGUAUUUUAGAAUUUAAAGUUGAAUCAGAAAUUAUUCUUAUGAAAGAAACUGAAUUUGAAUUAAAACUUAAAAGUGAUUUUAUGGUUAAUUUCAGUAUAAAAUUAGCUUAUUCAGACAUUAUAUCAUUCUUUUAUUCAUUUCAAUCGCAACCACCAGCGGCAUUUAUUCAAGUGCGUCCUGAUUUUGCUGAUCUUUUUGCAAAGUAUAUUCCAUCAACUGAUGAACAUGGAAAAGGAUUUGAUCCACAUUCAAAAGAUGAAAGACGACGUAGAAUUGUUCUAUGUCUCAAAUCCUCACCGGACGCAGAGAAAAACAAUGUAUCUUCAAUUUAUUAUUAUCUAAAAGCAAAAUCUUCCACAAUGAAUAUUUGUUGUGUGAGCAGUUCAAGAGCUCAAGAAAUCUACAAUUUAUCUCGAUUUGCAAAUAUAACGGCAUUAGGUUCGAUAACACAGCCAUUUGUUAUUAAUGCUAAUGAAUUGGCUUCAAAAACAGUUGGUUUAAAUAAUAAUACAAUACGAUUUGAUUUAUCCUGUGAUGAUUUAUUAUGUUUAAACGAAGGUGAAUUUCUUAAUGAUAAUAUUAUCGAUUUUUACUUGCAAUAUGUUUAUUAUAAAAAACUUUCUCAAGAAGAUCGUCAACGUACACAUUUAUUUAAUUCUUUCUUCUAUACAAGAUUAACACGAAAAGGCAACGAUGAUAUUCUUAAUACUUCAGCAGCCGAAAGACGUUACAAUCGUGUUAAACGAUGGCUUCGGGAUGUGGAUAUAUUCUCAAAAGAUUAUCUCAUUGUACCAAUCAAUCAAACAGCUCAUUGGUAUCUUGUAGUUAUUCAAUUUCAUAAUAAUGUUCCAACAGAAGGUGAUCUAAUCAGUGAUGACGAUGAAAGUCAUGACAAUCGAUCAAACUUGAAAAAGAAGAAAAUCACUGAAUGUAAAAUUCAAAUAAAUGUCAAUAAUAGUACUCCCGGUGAAGCAUCAUCAUUAUGUUUAACAUCGAAUAUUCAUCCGAUCGAGGUGCUCGAUGAAGUAGAUGAAGUCACAAUAAGCAAUGAUAAUCAAAUAAAUCCUAAUAGUGAAAAAGCUCCUAAUCGUAAAAAUCGUUCUCAAACACCAGCAAUAAUUAUGUUCGAUUCAUUACGUACUGGUCCUAAAAAUCGUGUUGCAGCUACUCUACGUGAAUUUCUUCAACUUGAAUAUGAUCAUAAAAAAACUUUACCAGUUGGAUCUUCAGCACGAAAAAUAUUUAAUUUAGAUACAAUACCAGCUAUUGAAGCUGCUGUACCACAACAACCAAAUUAUUUUGAUUGUGGUCUAUAUAUUUUACAAUACAUGGAAAAGUUUUUUGCUCAUCGUUCACCAACAAUAAAUUAUCAAUUACUCUCAACAUUUGAGAAUUGGUGUGACAACAAUUCAAUGGGCUCAUCGAAACGAAAACAAAUAUUUGAUACUAUCAAUCAAUAUGUUAUUCCUAAAGAAGUGUAA